AUGUCUGUUCUGGACUUAUUUUCACUAAGUGGCACGUCCGUUCUGUUUAUUACGCUGAAUUUAAUCGUCCUCCUUUUCAUCAUUAAUCAAAACAAAAACCCUAAGAACUUUCCUCCAGGCCCCAGAGGUCUACCGCUGGUUGGGAACAUCUUCAACCUGGACCUGAAGAGACCCUACCAGACCUUGAUGGAGGUAAGAACCCCUCUAUAAAGACCCUGCCAGACCUUGAUGGAGGUAAGAAUCCCUCUAUAAAGACCCUAUCAGACCUUGAUGGAGGUAAGAACCCCUCUAUAAAGACCCUACCAGACCUUGAUGGAGGUAAGAACCCCUCUAUAAAGAUCCUAUCAGACCUAGAUGGAGGUAAGAACCCCUUUAUAAAGACCCUGUCAACCAUGAUGGAGGUAAGAACCCCUCUAUAAAGACCCUACCAGACCUAGAUGUAGGUAAGAACCCCUCUGGGAAAAAAAACUAUUAUUGCCUCUGUUCACCCUGUUUGACAUGACAAUGGCUAUAGUAUACAGUGGGGGGGGGAAGUAUUUAGUCAGCCACCAAUUGUGCAAGUUCUCCCACUUAAAAAGAUGAGAGAGGCCUGUAAUUUUCAUCAUAGGUACACGUCAACUAUGACAGACAAAUUGAGAAUUUUUUUCUCCAGAGAAUCACAUUGUAGGAUUUAUUAUGAAUUUAUUUGCAAAUUAUGGUGGAAAAUAAGUAUUUGGUCACCUACAAACAAGCAAGAUUUCUGGCUCUCACAGACCUGUAACUUCUUCUUUAAGAGGCUCCUCUGUCCUCCACUUGUUACCUGUAUUAAUGGCACCCGUUUGAACUUGUUAUCAGUAUCAAAGACACCUGUCCACAACCUCAAACAGUCACACUCCAAACUCCACUAUGGCCAAGACCAAAGAGCUGUCAAAGGACACGAGAAACAAAAUUGUAGACCUGCAGCAGGCUGGGAAGACUGAAUCUGCAAUAGGUAAGCAGCUUGGUUUGAAGAAAUCAACUGUGGGAGCAAUUAUUAGGAAAUGGAAGACAUACAAGACCACUGAUAAUCUCCCUCGAUCUGGGGCUCCACGCAAGAUCUCACCCGUGGGGUCAAAAUGAACACAAGAACGGUGAGCAAAAAUCCCAGAACCACACGGGGGGACCUAGUGAAUGACCUGCAGAGAGCUGGGACCAAAGUAACAAAGCCUACCAUCAGUAACACACUACGCCGCCAGGGACUCAAAUCCUGCAGUGCCAGACGUGUCCCCCUGCUUAAGCCAGUACAUGUCCAGGCCCGUCUGAAGUUUGCUAGAGUGCAUUUGGAUGAUCCAGAAGAGGAUUGGGAGAAUGUCAUAUGGUCAGAUGAAACCAAAAUAUAACUUUUUGGUAAAAACUCAACUCGUCGUGUUUGGAGGACAAAGAAUGCUGAGUUGCAUCCAAAGAACACCAUACCUACUGUGAAGCAUGGGGGUGGAAACAUCAUGCUUUGGGGCUGUUUUUCUGCAAAGGGACCAGGACGACUGAUCCGUGUAAAGGAAAGAAUGAAUGGGGCCAUGUAUCGUGAGAUUUUGAGUGAAAACCUCCUUCCAUCAGCAAGGGCAUUGAAGAUGAAACGUGGCUGGGUCUUUCAGCAUGACAAUGAUCCCAAACACACCGCCCAGGCAACGAAGGAGUGGCUUCGUAAGAAGCAUUUCAAGGUCCUGGAGUGGCCUAGCCAGUCUCCAGAUCUCAAUCCCAUAGAAAAUCUUUGGAGGGAGUUGAAAGUCCGUGUUGCCCAGCGACAGCCCCAAAACAUCACUGCUCUAUGUAUUUAGAUUGUAGGUAGGUAUUGUAGUCUGGUAUUAUAGGCAGCUUACUCCGGUAGUUAUUGUAGGUUAUUAUUGUAGGUUAUUAUUGUAGGUAAUUAUUGUAGGUAAGGAUUCUAUUCGGCGGAGCCCAGGCGAAGCACGAGGCUAGCUUGCCCACUACCUGGACCAACAAAGCUAGCUAGCUAGAGGGUAGCUAUCGGUAACUUUUAGCAACUGUGGUUAGCUGUUUCCAAUGUUAUUUCAUGCUUGAGAGUACCUGUGAUUGAGCCAGCUAGCUGCUACCAUUCAGCUGUUUUUCUAACCUCAUCCGAGGCAUUAACGUUAGGUGGUUGGUAGCUGCUGUACUUAAUUACAGCUACUGAUAACAGUCUGCUGUAGUUUACAACAAUUCUAAUUUCUAGAGUGGAAGUUGGGAGAGUUUUAUUCGGGUGGUUCAGUGAAACAAUCAUAGUUUCUGAGGUGGAAGUUGGGUGAGUUAUAUAUUUAUUAAUUUUUUGGUGAGGGAGACCUGCACUCUCCUUUUCCUGAUGUUCAGUGCAUUUCAUCCCGAUCUCCUCUGCAUUAUUGUAGCCAUCUGUUGCAGCCUGUCAACUAUGCCUCUGCCUAUCCCUGUUCUCUCCUCUCCGCACAGGCUACACAAACACCCCACACCGCGUGGCUGCUGCCUCUCUAACCUGGUGGUCCCUACACGCACCACACACCUGGAGUUCCAGGUCUCAGGCAGCCUCUGGAACUGCCGUUCUGCUGCCAACAAAGCUGACUUCAUCCCAGCCUAUGCUAAUCUCCAGUCCCUCGACUUCCUGGCGCUGACGGAAACAUGGAUUACCACUGAAAACACUGCUACUCCUACUGCUCUCUCCUCAUCUGACCAUGUGUUCUCGCAUACCCCGAGAGCAUCUGGUCAGAGGGGUGGUGGCACAGGAAUCCUCAUCUCUCCCAAGUGGACAUUCUCAAUUUUUCCCCUAACCCAUCUGUCUAUCUCCUCAUUUGAAUUCCAUGCUGUCACUAGCCCAUUUAAGCUUAAUAUCCUUGUCAUCUAUCGCCCUCCAGGUUCCCUUGGAGAGUUCAUCAAUGAGCUUGACGCCUUGAUAAGUUCCUUUCCUGAGGAUGGCUCACCCCUCACAGUUUUGGGGGAUUUCAACCUCCCUAUGUCCACAUUUGACUCAUUUCUCUCUGCCUCCUUCUUUCCACUUCUCUCCUCUUUUGACCUCACCCUCUCACCGUCCCCCCCUACUCACAAGGCAGGCAAUACGCUUGACCUCAUCUUUACUAGAUGCUGCUCUUCUACUAAUCUCACUGCAACUCCCCUCCAUGUCUCCGACCACUACUUUGUUUCCUUUUCUCUCUCGCUCUCCUCCCACACUACUCACUCUGCCCCUACACAGAUGGUAAUGCGCCGCCGCAACCUUCGCUCUCUCUCUCCCACUACUCUCUCCUCUUCCAUCCUAUCAUCUCUUCCCUCUGCUCAAUCCUUCUCCCUCCAAUCUCCUGAUUCUGCCUCCUCAACCCUCCUCUCCUCCCUUUCUGCAUCCUUUGACUCUCUGUGUCCCCUAUCCUCCCGGCCGGCUCGGUCCUCCCCUCCAGCUCCGUGGCUUGAUGACUCAUUGCGAGCUCACAGAACAGAGCUCCGGGCAGCGGAGCGGAAAUGGAAGAAAACUAAACUCCCUGCCGACCUGGCAUCUUUUCACUCCCUCCUCUCUACAUUUUCUUCAUCUGUUUCCGCUGCUAAGGCCACUUUCUACCACUCUAAAUUCCAAGCAUCUGCCUCUAACCCUAGGAAGCUCUUUGCCACAUUUUCCUCCCUCCUGAAUCCUCCCCCCCCCCCCCCCCGCCCCCCCCCUCCUCUCUCUCUGUGGAUGACUUCGUCAACCACUUUGAAAAGAAGGUUGACGACAUUCGAUCCUCGUUUGUUAAGUCUAAUGACACUGCUGGUCCUACUCACACUGCCCUACCCUAUGCUUUGACUUCUUUCUCCCCUCUCUCCCCAGAUAAAAUCCUGCGACUUGUGACUGCAGGCCGCCCAACAACCUGCCCGCUUGACCCCAUCCCCUCCUCUCUUCUCCAGACCAUCUCCGGUGACCUUCUCCCCUACCUCACUUCGCUGAUCAACUCAUCCUUGACCGCUGGCCAUGUCCCUUCCGUCUUCAAGAGAGCGAGAGUUGCUCCCCUUCUCAAGAAACCAACACUCGAUCCCACUGAUGUCAACAACUACAGACCAGUAUCCCUUCUUUCUUUUCUUUCCAAAACUAUUGAGCGUGCCGUCUUUAGCCAACUCUCUUGCUAUCUCUCUCAGAAUGACCUUCUUGAUCCAAACCAGUCAGGUUUCAGGACUGGUCAUUCAACUGAGACUGCUCUUCUAUGUGUCACAGAGGCUCUCCGCACUGCUAAAGCUAACUCUCUCUCCUCUGCUCUUGUCCUUCUAGACCUGUCUGCUGCCUUUGAUACUGUGAACCAUCAGAUCCUCCUCUCCACCCUCUCCGAGCUGGGCAUCUCCGGCGCGGCUCACUCCUGGAUUGCGUCCUACCUGACCGGUCGCUCCUACCAAGUGGCGUGGCGAGAAGCUGUCUCCGCACCACGUGCUCUCACCACUGGUGUCCCCCAGGGCUCAGUUCUAGGCCCUCUCCUUUUCUCCCUAUACACCAAGUCACUUGGCUCUGUCAUAUCCUCACAUGGCCUCUCCUAUCAUUGCUACGCUGACGAUACACAACUAAUCUUCUCCUUUCCCCCUUCUGAUAACCAGGUGGCGAAUCGCAUCUCUGCAUGUCUGGCAGACAUAUCAGUAUGGAUGACGGAUCACCACCUCAAGCUGAACCCUGGCAAGACGGAGCUGCUCUUCCUCCCGGGGAAGGACUGCCCGUUCCAUGAUCUCGCCAUCACGGUUGACAACUCCGCUGUGUCCUCCUCCCAUAGUGCGAAGAGCCUAGGCGUGACCCUGGACAACACCCUGUCGUUCUCCGCCAACAUCAAGGCGGUGACCCGCUCCUGCAGGUUCAUGCUCUACAACAUUCGGAGAGUACGACCCUGCCUUACACAGGAAGCGGCACAGGUCCUAAUCCAGGCACUUGUCAUCUCCCGUCUGGACUACUGCAACUCGCUGUUGGCUGGCCUCCCUGCCUGUGCCAUUAAACCCCUACAACUCAUCCAGAAUGCCGCAGCCCGUCUGGUGUUCAACCUUCCCAAGUUCUCUCACGUCACCCCCCUCCUCCGCACACUCCACUGGCUUCCAGUUGAAGCUCGCAUCCGCUACAAGACCAUGGUGCUUGCCUAUGGAGCAGUGAGGGGAACGGCACCUCUGUACCUUCGGGCUCUGAUCAGUCCCUACACCCAAACGAGGGCAUUGCGUUCAUCCACCUCUGGCCUGCUGGCUCCCCUUCCUCUGCGGAAGCAUAGUUCCCGCUCAGCCCAGUCAAAACUGUUCGCUGCUCUGGCACCCCAAUGGUGGAACAAGCUCCCUCACGACGCCAGGACAGCGGAGUCACUCACCACCUUCCGGAGGCAUUUGAAACCCCACCUCUUUAAGGAAUACCUGGGAUAGGAUAAAGUAAUCCUUCUACCCCCCCCCCCCCCCCCCCAAAAAAAAAUUGUAAAGUGGUUAUCCCACUGGCUAUAGGGUGAACGCACCAAUUGGUGAGUCGCUCUGGAUAAGAGCGUCUGCUAAAUGACGUAAAUGUGCCCUUGAGCAAGGCACUUAACCCUAAUUGCUCCUGUAAGUCGCUCUGGAUAAGAGCGUCUGCUAAAUGACUAAAAUGUAAUGUAAAUGUCUAGAGGAGAUCUGCAUGGAGGAAUGGGCCAAAAUACCAGCAACAGUGUGUGAAAACCUUGUGAAGACUUACAGAAAACGUUUGACCUGUGUCAUUGCCAACAAAGGGUAUAUAACAAAGUAUUGAGAAACUUUUGUUAUUGACCAAAUACUUAUUUUCCACCAUAAUUUGCAAAUAAAUUCAUUAAAAAUCCUACAAUGUGAUUUUCUGGAGAAAAAAAAUCUCAUUUUGUCUGUCAUAGUUGACGUGUACCUAUGAUGAAAAUUACAGGCCUCUCUCAUCUUUUUAAGUGGGAGAACUAGCACAAUUGGUGGCUGACUAAAAACUUUUUUUCCCCACUGUAGGUGUUGGCUAUACAGCACAAACUUAUCUGGAACCCAGCUAUGCUUUUUCUGCUUCUUUUAUCGGAACAAUUUAGCCCAGGUGCUUUGCUUGAACUCUCAGAGUUCUUGACCACUUCAUAUCUAUCCACCACUUAAUUUACUCUCCACUACUCCCCUCACUAAAUUCCUGUUUAGGCAAUCCCGAAUGCAGCAGCUUACUAACUGUUAGUUUGUCUCUAAGGAUGUACAAAAUCUCCAUGUAACUGGUGCUUGUUGGAACAUAUUGUUGUUGCUUGCAUGCCUCGAAGAUGAGUUUGUUACACUUUAACAAUGAAAGUAGGACAAAAAGGAAACAAUUAUUAUAUAUCUCAUUCCCAUCUUCCCUCUCUCUUAACCCCCCCUCUUAUCCCCAGAUGAAGGACAAGUUUGGCCCAGUGUUCAGUAUUCAGAUGGGCUUGCGUAAGAUGGUGGUGCUGUGUGGCUAUGAGAUGGUGAAGGAGGCCUUGGUCACUCAGGCUGAUCAAUUUGCAGAGCGGCCAGACAUCCCAAUAUUCAAACAGAUCACCAGAGGAAACGGUACAGGCCAACCCUGACUGACCAAAAUCUCUUUAAUAGAUCAAGAACCACAUUAUCCGUCUUGAUUCUAGGCCCAGGCAUGUUUUUAUGUCAACCGUUCAGUGUUCAAAAUGGCAGUUUACAGUCACAGGCAAUAUUUUUUAUCUUAAUGCAGUGGCAUGGCAUUUUAAGGGGAUAAUUGCGGGGUAAAAUCCAUCCCACAGCAAACCUACAGGUCCACAUAAAUAAGCAAAGGAAUACUUUACAUACCUACAAUUAUUCCUUAUAAUAGCAGAGAAUCUGUGAUAUUCUGACAAUGUAUCCUCUCCGUCAAAACAGGAAUCAUAUUCGGCCAUGGGGACUCCUGGAGGACCAUCCGGAGGUUCACUCUGACGGUGCUCAGGGAUUUGGGAAUGGGAAAGAGGAACAUCGAGGACAAAAUCAUUGAAGAGUCAGAAAACCUUGUAAAAAGCUUUGCAGCUCAUAACGGUGAGGCCAUAUUGGAUCUGAUGAUAAAACACCUACAAAUACAUAGAUUAUUCAACAGCCAUACAAAAUGCUACACAUAGAACAUGCUUUUUUUUAAACUCUUCAGCAGAUCAUUGAAUGAAUUAACUUUGAUUUUAUUGACAUUAAUUAAUGUGUUUUUAUGAAACUAUUGUGACUGAGCCAGGUGACGGCUUCCAGACCACCAUUCCCCUGAACGCAGCAGCGUCCAACAUCAUCGUCUCUCUGAUUAUGGGCCACAGGAUGGAGUAUGAUGACCCCAAUCUUUAUAAAGCUCUUGGAAAUGAACUACAAAAGCUUCAGGCUGGUCAGUGGGCCGUUCAUUCAGGUAUGAUACUACAUGACAGUAUUUGGGAUAUUUGUUUGGGAUAUUUCCAAAAAAAUUUAAAUAACCUAAAUCUAUAUUUAAUUUACCUCUGAUCACCGUUCCCUUCCGUAGAGGUAUUAAAAUGCUGGAUACACAUUGUCAUUGUAACAUUGACAGAGUGAGUUGACAAGUAAAAAACUGUAAAGUGAAUUUCUCACAUAUAAACAUGGAACCCCCAUGCUUGAUUCUCCAGCUGUACAACAUGUACCCGGUGAUCCACCCGCUGCCAGGGCCUCACCACAGAGUGCUGGCAUACCAGGACAACCUGAAGGCCUUUUUCAGGAAGAGUUUCAUCCAGCACAGACAGAUCCUGGACGAGAAUGACUCCCGUAGCUACAUUGACGCCUUCCUCAACAAGCAGCAGGAGGUGAGCCCAGGGGUCAAUGUCAGUCACACCAACUAUGGAUCAAAAUGCCUUUUUGGCUUUGAGGGGGAUAGAGAUGUGCUACAGAUUUGCCUAAAAUUGAUUUGAAAUUACCGCUCCCACCAUACAGUAUCACUCACUUCCUAAUGGUCCCAUGUUUUGUCCUAUACCUAAUGCCUGUCCUCAACUUGUCUAAAAUAUAUCCAUUAGGAAAAGGAUAAUCCCUCUUCCCACUUCCAUGAGUGGAACCUCCUGUGUUCCGUCACCAACAUGUUUGUGGCUGGGACGGACACCACCUCCAGCACCCUGGCCUGGGCCUUAGUCAUCAUGAUCAAGUAUCCGGAUAUACAGAGUGAGUGAAACCACGUCAUGUCGCUAGUCAUUUUGGAUCAAUGUGAAAUAUAAGUUAAAAGUAAUAGGCUACCACAAAGCUACCACCUCAUUCCACGGCAUAAAAGUGUAAUAUGAAACAAACGUACAAACUGGAAUUGACUAACAACAGAUGUUUCAAAUAGAGAAUGUGCAUAAAAAUGCAGAAAGAGGUGAAAUCUCACAAGUCUUCCUUAUACUCGGUCUACUUCCUAUGUCCUCUCAGGUAAGGUCCAUGAGGAGAUAGACAAGGUGAUUGGUGGUUCUACACUAAGGAUCCAGCACAGGCAGAUGAUGCCCUUCACCGACGCUGUGAUCCAUGAGACCCAGAGGUUUGCUGACAUCCUGCCCAUGGACCUGCCCCACGAGACCACAGCCGACGUCAGCCUCAAUGGCUUCUUCAUACCUAAGGCAGGCCCACUCACAACUAACUAGGAGACACUAACUAACCUGCACCUUUAGUGAAUCAAAAAUAACCAGACAGUUAAGCAAUACAGUUGUGGCAAAGCUAAAGAUACUACCUGUCCCCAAUAUGGCACCGAACAGCCUUCCAUGACAAUGGCACAUUCAAAUGUGUGUGUGUGUGUGUGUGUGUGUGUGUGUGUGUAGGGGACCUACAUUAUCCCACUGCUUAGGUCAGUGCACCGCGAUAAGGCUCACUGGGAGAAGCCAGACGACUUUUACCCUCACCACUUUCUCACCGUCGACGAGAAGUUUGUCAAGAGGGAGGCCUUCAUGCCCUUCUCCGCAGGUAACAGGACACACCAAGCCAGGCUGUGAACGUACGACUAAUCAUUGUCUUAACAGACACCAUCCUUAUGUUCACCAGUUGUAGUAAUUCAAUAGUGUCCAUGCCAAUAGCUUAGGAUUGCAUUGUGUACUACUAGUAGAAUUGUCACAAGCAAAAGUGAGUUUUUACUCACUCAUCCUCCAAUUCCUCCACCCAUCUCUCUUCCCAGGCCGUAGAGUGUGUGUAGGCGAGACUCUGGCCCGCAUGGAGCUCUUCCUCUUCUACACCUCCCUCAUGCAGCGUUUUUCCUUCCAUCCCCCCAUCGGGAUGACUGCUGACGACGUGGACCUCUCCACCUGCGGGGGCCUGGGCCUCGCCCCCCCCCCCAUCAAAGUACGGGCCCUGCCUCGUUGCCAUGACACCUAGGGAAUUACCACCCCCUUCCCCUCCCCCAACAGCCUUGUAUUUCACUUACAUUUACAUUUUAGUCAUUUAGCAGACGCUCUUAUCCAGAGCGACACUUGUCCUGUCAAAUUCUGAUUUUCCAUUGUAAAGGGCAGUUAUCACUUUGAGAUGUCAGUAAUCAGUAGGACACCUCAUCUGCCUUGAAUCUAAAAUGCUCAGGACUAACAGUUAAAAAUAUAACUGUACAAAACUGAUUUUGUAACUGUACUGACAAUUAUAGUCAAGCAAUGGAUAUAAAUGUAUCAAACUUAUCAAGACAAUGACAAGAUCAUUUCAAAACCUAACAGAAGUAUAUAUUUGUUUUAUUAUUGACUGUAGAAACAGAAUGACCGACUGAAACAAUUUAGCAAACACAAAUAUAACAGGUUGCGCUUCUGUUAGUCACUGGAAAAGCAAAUUAAAAGUCUAAUGUCUGUCUUGCCAUACAAAGUGUAUCAACAUGUGCUAUUCCUCACAACAAAAAUAAGUCAGUACAAAGUUAAAAAAUAAAAUAGCAUUUACAGAAGUAGUGUUUUGUAGAACAUUGCAACACUUUAACUUAAGCAAUAGCAGCAUCAAUAAAUGCAAACUAGGUCAUUAUUUUUAUGUCUAGAAUUUUAACAAUAACAAAACACUAUAUUAACUUAGAACAAAUGUGAAACACAGAAUAUCAUUUAGUGAAGACUUUGUUAAACAGUCUCAGGUUGACCUCUUCCUUACUCCUCCUCCUCCUCCUCUUCCUCGUUCCUCUGUCCAAAGGGAAGAGCAGACUGGCCACGGUCCGGGUCUUUCAGCCGCAGGAUCCGGAUCAGGUUGUUGACUGGGAGAGAGCUAUAGGGAAGACAAACACAAUGAAGACAUUUAUUUUAAAGUACACUAUUUUUGAUACACUGAAUAUGCAAAUUGAUUUACUUGAUUUACAUCAUUUUGCAGACGCUCUUAUCCAGAGCGACUUACAGUUAGUGAGUGCAUACAUUUUUUUCAUACUGCCCCCCCGUGGGAAUCGAACCCACAACCCUGGCGUUGCAAGCGCCAUGCUCUACCAACUGAGCUACACGGGGCCAAAUGAGAGAUAAUUAGGCAAAGCCAUGAUAUAAUUAAGCAAUAAGGCCCGGGGGGGGGGUAUAUGGCCUAUAUACCACUGCUACGGGCUGUUCUUAUGCACGACGCAACACGGAGUGCCCGGAUAUAGCCCUUAGCCGUGGUAUAUUAGCCAUUUCCACAAACCCCAGAGGUGCCUUAUUGCUAUUAUAAACUAGUUACCAACAUAAUUAGAGCAGUAAAAACAAAUGUUUAGUCAUACCCGUGGUAUACGGUCUGCUAUACCACGGCUGUCAGCCAAUCAGCAUUCAGGGCUCAAUCCGCCGAGUUUAUAAAAUAGAACAGAGUUGCUUAAUGUUAGUACACAGGAGGGUCAUUGGAGGCUACAAUACCUCAUGCUCUGUGGGGUGAGGAAUAUGAACUGCCGGUAACGUUGGCUAGAAGCGAUCUUCAACAUCAUGUCCAUGGAAAUCCUUCGGUUCACCAUGUCCUAAAAAGAAAAACAGUUACAUUUAUUGACAGACAGUGUGCCAACAGAACUGAACAGAACGAUUGACUGAAAUAAUUGAGCAAAAACAUGAAGAACAAUGUAUCAAUCUUAGCAGUCCUCACAGUGUAGGCUACAGAAGACACAUGAGCUUAGAUUAAAAGUAAGUUAAUAUUUGAAUGUAUUUAGGCAACUACCGGUAAAACUUUUUUCCUACUUACCCAAAGUCAGGCAAACUCAUGGAUACCAUUUUUAUGCUAACGAUAUGCUACCUUCAACUUCCUUCAAACUGCACGCAGAAACAUAAAAAUGGUAUCCAUCAGUUCCUCUGACUUUGGGUAAGUAGUGUUGGAUUCUAUCUUGAAAUAUAAUUAUUCCUGUCACUAUAUUAGAACAUAUUAAUUACUUAACAUGUAUAUGUUUGGGGUCAAUAAAGGGUGAAAAGGAACUUUGUGUAUGGAAAGUUACUGAGUGAGACAAAGGGAAGGGCAGAAUGUUUCUAUCUGUUCAAAGAUGUUGUUGCUGAAUAUGAAUAUUUCUAAGAAAAAAGGUAAAGAGCAACAGUCUAGCCUCAGUUCCUGAUAAUGCAUGCCAGCUGCUGUAGAACUAGGACAAGGAGGCAUGUGGAACUCAACUCAAGGUCAACAGUUUAAGAGAGAAGAAACCUCUGGGAGGGGGGCCAGAGGGUCCCCACCCCAAAGAUCAUCUCACACACACUUCCAUGCUUUUGAAGGAUAGACUUAGGCAGGGCAAUACCAGUAAGACGAACAGCCUCCGUUCCUGCCCAGUAACAUGGAUGAAUUGUUUAUCUUCAACAUACAAGGAGGUGACUCCUAGUCGACAGGUAUAAAUAUAUGCUUGUGUGACUUGUGUUUUGAAGAUGAAGCACUCAGUGGGUUGAAUUAACUUGGUUUGAGCUUUUCCUACUCGUCCGUUUUGGUUUUUACUCUGUUUGAUCAGAACAUAACAGUAGGAAAUAAGACUUAAUUGCAUAAAUCCCAAAGUAUCCCUUUAAUAUGCAUUUUUAAAUGGUUAAAUAAAAGUAAAUCAUUCAUCCAUCCAUUCAAUGUGACAUUAUUACCAUGUAGACGUCAAACUCGUCGAGGGCGCGGAAGGGGGCCUCCGCGAUAGCCCAGAGAGAGAGAACGAAACAGACAGUGGAGAACGAGCGCUCUCCUCCAGACAGAGAGCGCAUGUCACUCAGAGCAGCCUUAUCCCCCACACCUGGCUGGACCUGAGCGAGGGAGGGAGGAUGAGGGAGAAGAUGGGUAGAGACAAAGAAGGAUGCAGAAAGAGAGGAGUAAAAGAAAGACAUUGACAAAUGGGAAAGGGGGGUGGGAAUGUGAGGGUAACUUGAUUAUUAGGCAUACAGUUUUUUUUAUAACCUUUAACUGCUUUUGCAUUCAACAAGGGUACAUGAGAAAAGGUAUUUCUAUGCUUUAAAACUGUAGUGUAUUCUUACUGAGAUGGACAGGGUUUCGUUCUUGUGCUCGAACAUCAUCUUCCCUAUGUAGCCUCUCUGUGACAGCAUGGAGUCAAAGUACAUCUUGCAGCGCACUGAGAGAAACCUAAAAAGAGAUACAUAGGUGGAAGGAAAACAAUUUAACAACAAAUCCAUAGCGCAACAGCUUUGCUUUUCCGCUAAAUCUAACACCACAUCGAUAGAUCGAGAUGGCCUCCUUUCAGUCUUUCAAUAGCUAUUGUGCAUAGCUCUAUAACAGAUGUUGAUGCUAGCAGUACCAUCCAGUUGUUCUGUGAUCUCUUAUGAGACAGUGAGUGGUGUCAAAUAACAGAGCUGAUAUUCUAUUGGACAGACAGGAAGUGAAUGGUGGAUCCAGCUACCUCCUCAGCUCUGUGUAGACUCUGUGUCUGUCGUCCAUGAUCUUACACAGGACCUGGAUGAAGCGCUUGAGGCACUUCACCUGCUGGUUAAUUUUACUGUAGUUCUCCAGGGCCUCUUGGUAUUGCCUGGAUGGGAGAAAAGGGGGGAAAGCAAGCAACGUUUACCUUCUGCCCUUAAACAGAUUACCCAGUAGUCAUUUUUAUAUGGACAGCCCUAUUAUAUGGAAAUACUGACAAAACAUAAUAUAUAACAACACCGAAGUAACCAAAAUAUAUAUCCAAGAACACUUAGGGAAUCAACUACAGCUCAGGCAAGUGGAAUAAAAUCAGGUCGUAUUUUGAGUGGAACAUCCCUUAAACGUUUGUGUGGGGUGAAGGGUCAGAGGUCAGGGGUGGCGGAGGUUACCUGAUGACCUCUUCGCGGUCUCCCUGCUGGUCCUGCUGGGUGCUGAUCUUCAGCUUCAGACGGCUGAUCUCGCUGUCCAGACUCCUGGCCGUCCGACGCACCUCGGACCGCUCUGGACAGAGCUCUGUGGCCUUCACUACAGAAGCCUGAGACACAGGAGGGUUAAGACAAGGAACACACACAUUAAGCAGGGAAAACAGGCAGUAAGAGAAAACAUACACAGAAGAUGGCCCUGAUAUAACUAGUCAGUGUACUGUUAGUAUCCAUAUGUAGCACCUCCUCCCAGACGUACCGUAAGCUCCUGCUCCUUGAGCUCCAGGCUGGCCUUGAGGUCCCGGAUGGUGUUGAUGUGGACCUUGCGUUUGUCCUCGUAAUGUUUCUUAUGGUGCUUGCUCUUCUCCACAUCCUGGUCGCUCUUACUCAGCUCCUCCUGAGAAAACAAGGGGGAAGGAGAGAUUUAUCGCCAUCUAUUGGCUUUACCUUUUAUCCGUUUAAUCUUUGUGUGAUUGAUUGUGUGCAACAAAAUGAAGACAUGGAUUAUCAGCAUUUUACGUCCUUUUCACUCUCCUGGUUCAUUCCUCAUUUGCACACCAAACUUCCCUCUGUGUUAAUAGAAAUUGAAGUUCAUCUUGAUGUGACUGACCUUGAUGGGUUCGGCCUCCUCGGCCACGGUGCUGAUGGACUCUUUGUGCUGGCGGUACCUCUGCUCCACCUCCUCCCAGGAAGCCUUCAGCUGGGCCAUCUUUCCCAGGGCCUCCUUGCUCUCCGCACGCGCUGCUGAGAUCUUAUUGUUGAUCUCCUCCAGCUCCUCCUCCUGAAGGCCAGAGAGUGUGACAGGAGGAGCAUGGUGUGUGUCGUGGAAUGUGAGUACAUGUGUGUAUCAUAUCAGUUGGAAUGUGAAAUAGAGAGAACAAGGGAGUGAGAGAGAGAAAGGGAAGGAGAUGUUCAUGAAUGACAUUAGCUCAAACUAAAUGUUAAAAUAUGGUCCGUGUGUCUAGAGGUGUGUGCCCACCAGAGGCUUGAGGUCCUCAGACUGGGGUUCCUCCACGUUCUGCAGGUCACUGAUCUCCUGCUGCAGCCUCCUGAACUUAUCCUGGAGGAGAGGAGACUUGUCACCUAGUAACUCCACAUCUAGUCUAAUCAGAGGUGAAUCAUUGUGCUCUCCUAAAGGAUUUCUAGUUGGAUCCAUGGUACGGCUCAGGAGAGAGAUGCUGGUUUGUCACAAAGGCCAGCUUGAGCAAGAUGUGCGUUGGUGUUACCUUGGCUCUCUUCCUGUCGUCAUAGGCCCUCUUUAGGAGACCGUUGUUGUUCCUGAUGUCCUCCUCCACCCUCUGCUUCUGCUGGCUGAAGCGAUCCAAGAGGGCCGCCUUGUUCCGCAUCUCCUCCUGCAACUGCCUGAGAGAGAUACAUGGAGAUAUUGAGAGAAGGGGUAGAGGGAGAAAGGUAAAGCACUAAAUUGAGUCAGAAAAACAGAGCAGCAGAAACCUUUUCAAAACAAAUGGAUGUCACACACACACACACAUUACCUGAUCUCCUCCUCUACGUCUCUGCUAAGGUAGUCGCACCUCCUCUGGUCGUUGGAGUAGUAGCGGUUGUUGUAGCACUGGUCUCCCUCCUUGGUGAAGGCCUGGUAGCAGUUUCUAGGGGGCUGCCUGCCCUGCAUCACUCUGCGGGCCUCUGCAGGACUCUACAUGGUAGUUACAGACAAAGGGGUUAGAACCACAGAAAUUGAACCUUUCUCCCUUCCGUCCUAAAGGCUACUGUUUUCUACAAGGAAGUGGCUUGAAGUUCAUUCAUGUUGUUUUUGGCAUGCAAUUCAGUUGUUGCAUGGGGAUAGUUCAAGUAUUCAAAGUUGUAGCUUAUUAUCGGCUCAAACUUUAAAAGAGUAAACUAUCCCUUAAAGAGGGCGACACUGAAAAAAGUCAAGAAUCGUAGUUGCAGUCACUACUGGCCAAUCCAAGGUGACAUUAUGACAUUUGAGUGAACUCUAACUAUGGUGGCAGUAGACUCCAUGGUCCUACCUUGAUGAGUAGAAUACUCUCUAUGCCUCUCUGGUCGAUGAGGCAGUUGGCAACCACUGGGUCCUCGAUCUCCAGAGACUGUAGGACUGACGGGUAGUCAGGGUGUUUCACAGCCCUGACACACACACACGACAGAAAACAUGUUGGUUACAGAGAACAAAAUGAACCCUUAGAGCGGUACAAAUAAGCCUGUACAUAAGCCCAGCUAGCCUGAAGCCGGGUGUGGUAGGUAGCUAACAUCCAUACCGCCUACUAGUGUCAUGGACCCUGUUGAAGAACUGGCAGGUGAUGAUCUGGGGUCUCCUAUCCCCCUGGCAGUACCCUCUCAUGAGGCCCUGCAGCAGCCUCUCGUCCUCGUGGUUGUCACAGGUGAAGGCCAGCAUCAGGCUCCCCAGACAUUUCUCCACGGCCAGGGCCUGCUCAUGGUCCUUCAGACGGAUACAGUACCCUGCAUGGGGCACACCAGGAGAGAGAGGACUUUGGAAAGAGCUUAAUUUUAACCAAUGACAAGGUUACACAAAUAAGCAUGACAUCCAGAAAGGAGAAUGAAGGGUAAGAUAAUAGUAUUUUCACUCGCACGGAAAUACACACGCACACACAGGUCUUACCCAGCGGACCCACUGGUUUCUUCCUGAACUGGCCCUUCCUGUGGGCGUCCUCGAUGGCAGCGAGCAGCGCGGGCAUCUUUUCCCCGAAGCGGCGCAGGCGGUCGGAGCGACUGCCCUCCAUGGUCUGCAACUUCCUCCUGAUGACGUCCAUAGACCUCUUCAGGUCCUCCUCCUCUCGCCUGAGAAACAGAGAUAAACACACACAGGGUUAGGGCUCCGGUUCCGGGUUAGGGCUCCUGCCUUCUUUCUGCUCCUGUUCAGCAACAAUUUCCUGUUGUUUUUUAAAAUUAUAUUUCACUGUUUUUUAUGGCUUCAUGGCACUCUCCUUUAAAACAUAGUUGAUUGAUGUCCAGUUGAUAUGGUUGAGGAGUAGAUAUGGUUAUAUUUUAAAACACACAACCUCAGCCUUAUCAUCUAAUGUCUGUUUCAUCGCUGGCAACACCUCACCCUAUCACUUAUAUAUAUAAAUAAACAAAACAAUAUUCCUACUUCUGAUAUGGCUGCCACGUAACGUUUACAUAAGACUACACCCAUGAGAGUUUUUCAUAAGCCCUGUGAACCCUGUGGCAUAGCUCCAGACUCCUAUGACGUCACUACGGUGUGUGUGUGUUUGUACGUUGUACAGCCAAGUCUCAAGAGUUACAGGCCUGUAUAUAAAUGGAUUGCUCAGUGCCUACGUCAUCUUUUCCAGCUCGUCCUUGGCCCGGGACACAGCCUGCUGGAACUGUUCCAUCUGCUGACCUAGGGUGGAGUCCUGGAAGUUCAGAGUGUCCAGGUCUGUCUGCAGCUUCUCCAUGCGCUCAACACGCACCUGGGUCUCCGCACCCGACGUCUGGCUGAUACUGUGGGGAGGAGAAUAAGGGAAAGAAAUCCAGUUUGUGACUGUGGCAACAUAAAAUCACUUCUCCCAUGGCAAUACAAGUUGUAUUUUGAAACUGAAAAAGAGGUGGGAAAGGAUCAGAGGCGCUACCUCAACUUGAGCUCAUUAAUUCUCCUGGAGAGCUGAUCCUUGUCCUUCUCCAGGUCUCUCAGGUUGGUCUUGAAUCUGUGUACACUGGCCUGUAAGAGAGACACGAAUCAACAACUAGCGAACUAGAAAAGAGCUCCUCGUUAUCGAGCUCUCACAUAUAGUUAGUGUUGAGCUCUGAGCUGGAAGCUGUAGUUUUUCAUUGUGCUGCAGUUAUGAUUAUGGAGAUGUUAUGGUUAAUGAUGUUAAGCCUUGUAUUGGUUACUUGCUAAACCCCUGUUAUUUAGAAGACUCUGGGGUAUUGUAACACUCAUCACUGUUCUCUCACCUGGGCUGUGUUGAAGGCCUUGCUUCUGCUCUGAGCCUCGUUCUUCAGCUCGGCACUCUGUGGCUCCAGCUGCUGCACCCUCACAGUGAUGGCCUCCAGCUGCUCCCGGAUACCCUUGUACUUCUUCUCCGCCUCCACCACCUUGGUCUGGGCAGGA